CAAAAGAUUUCGCCAUUCCCUUUUCAGCUGCUCGCGCGAUCCUUUUCGCGUUAUUUCGAUGUCGAUCGUGUUUUCUACUUUUUCGGAAUUUGAAAGCUUUCAAAAUUCCGUCGUUUAAAGAAAUUACCGUGUUACCAUCCAGGGGGUCGCUGGAAUUGCCUUCCUUUGGGAAGUACGUUGCCAUCGAAGGCGGUCUUUGUCUCUACCGUAGCCAGCUCGACUUUAACUUUGAACCACCCUGGGAUCCCAGCUAGUACACGCCGGGCGCAUUCAUACACUGCAAAUUGGUGUUUUUAUAAUUUGCGGUGAAAAUCUUGUGGUCUCCCUCUCAUACUCAUCACUGUUGAUAAAAAAUCAUCUAUAUCAUCAUAUCAAGACUGGCCAUAGAUAACAUAACAAUGAAGCAACUUAUCAACCAUAAUAAUACCAAUACUGUGAUUGAGGUCAUUGACAACUUGGAUGCCUUGGAGGUGUCAAAGGUCAAAUCCCAAGCUGGUGCAAAUCGUGAGGAUGGAGAAGAUGCCUUCUUCGUUUGCGAUAUAGGAGAUGUUGUUCAUAAGCAUAUAAAGUGGAAGAAAAUCUUCCCCAGAAUCCAUCCAUUUUAUGCCAUAAAGUGCAAUCCGAGUGAGCCUGUGCUUCGCUGUAUGAUCGCCAUGGGAAUGGGAUUUGAUUGUGCAAGCAAGGCUGAGAUAAAACAAAUGCUUGAACUCAAUGCUGAUCCGAAGAAAAUCAUCUUUGCGAACCCAUGCAAGCAAUCCUCGCACAUAAAAUUUGCGAGAGAUAAUGGCGUCACAGACCUUGUUUUCGACAACGAAAUAGAACUUUUCAAAAUUAAAAAACUGUUUCCGGAUGCCAAUUUGGUGCUACGCAUCCAGACUGAUGAUUCUGCAUCUAUUUGUCGAUUCAGUAUGAAAUAUGGUGCUCAUGCAGAUUCAUGUGAGGCGCUUGUUGAUACCGCUAAAAAACUUGAAUUGAAUCUUAUCGGCGUCAGCUUUCAUGUUGGAAGUGGAUGUCAAGACCCAACAGCAUUUGUGAAAGCACUCCAGCUUGCUCGUAGAGUCUUUGAUUAUGGUUCUUCUAUUGGUUUCGACAUGAAUUUGCUUGAUAUUGGCGGAGGAUUUCCUGGUACUAAUGAUGUACAAUUACCUGUAGAAGAGAUUGCUCUCAUUGUGAACGCUACUUUGAGUGAUCUUUUCUCUGUACCUCAAUUCGAGAACCUGAAGAUCAUUGCGGAACCUGGGCGUUAUUUUGCGGCCUCCGCAUUCACCCUCGCUACCAACGUCAUCGCGAAACGUAAAGUUUCUCGUGAUAGACAGACUUAUGAAGAUGAAACUGCAGCGAAAGAUGCCAUUCUUAAUGCUGUUUUGGCUGAUAGAUCUGAUGAACCAGCGUUUAUGUAUUUCUUAAAUGACGGACUCUACGGAUCUUUCAAUUGUCUGUUCUACGACCAUGCUGAAGUGAAACCAACUUUGCUGAAGACUGCUGAGAAAAAUGCACUUGAAUUUUCUUCAAGUGUUUGGGGGCCGACCUGUGACGGAUUGGAUCGAAUUAUUGAAAACUGUAAUCUGCCUGAACUAGAUAUCGGGGAUUGGAUCAUUUGGAAAGAUAUGGGAGCAUACACUGUGGCAGCUGGAUCAGCUUUUAAUGGAUUUAAAACUUCCACUAUUUAUUUCAUGAUCAGUAAAGAUAGCCUUGGUCGAUUGAAUGAGCUUUGUGGCAACAAAAAAAUUCCAAACUUGACUUUCCGCGUUUCAGAGCUUCAGGAACAAGAUUUGACUAACCAAGUUGUCAAGACCUGUCAUCCUGAUCAGUCUACCUAUGAUCUCGAGUUCAUGUUCACUAAUUAAGUUCUAUCAGAAGUCAUCACUCAUUACUUUUUAACAGGACAUACUUUACAUAAUUGAUGUUUAUGGGCAUGAGAGGGAGACCCCAACUUUUGUUUGUGUUUUUUUGUUUAAUUGUUUUUAUUUAUUCGGUGAACCAUUUGUCAAACCUAAUUAUUAUUAUUCAUUUAAAACAAGUUCUAAUUAUAAGCUCGAGAUGGGACAAGUACCUAAUAAAUAUAACUUCAUCCUUUUCGUCUGUAUUUGAGAAACGUACAAAUUUUUAUGGAUUUUGUUGUAAAGUUUGUCAAACUAUGGGUGUUUUAAGUCAUGUCCGUAUUUUGUUCUUACUGUUGUAUAUAUGGUGUUGAUAAUAGGUUAAUUUGAUUGAUUAUAAAACUGUUUGUUGUGCAUAUAUGUCCUAAACUUAAUAAAAGCCCUCUGAAGAACCUUUUAAA